UAUAUUAUUUUAACACAAUAUCUUACAUCCCUGGGAAGAUUUCUAAAAAUCGGUAAAAGCAAACGAAAACCAAGAAAAAGAUAUACUCCCCACACUGUACAGUGAAUAUACCAACUACUCCAUGUACCUAUUAAGAAAUGAAUAAAUCAAAAGACCAAAGUCACCAAACUCCAUUCACAAAUCGAAAUUUCAUUUUAAAAAAGCCAAUUGAAAUCACACAACUGAGGAGCACAUCGGUUGAAUUCAAUGGCGCAAGAUUUGAUCUGAAACGAGGACCUCCGAUCACGCAAACCUCGUCGGAGAAAUCAAGCGAAGCCCCGCGCAACCGGCACAAAAACAUUAAAUUCAGAGGUCAUUCCCGUCGAUUUCGAUUUGCCGUACGACAUCUGGUUUGGUCUUCGCCGGAGAAAUAAAAUGACGGCGAGCGGGUGUUCGCCGGCGAUGGAUAUGUUCCGAUCGGAGCAGAUGCAGCUGGUGCAGUUAAUCAUCCCGGUGGAGUCAGCCCACCGCGCCAUUUCCUACCUCGGCGAUCUCGGCCUCUUCCAAUUCAAAGACCUCAAUGCAGAAAAAAGUCCAUUUCAGAGGACGUAUGCCGCCCAGGUAAAACUUGGAGAGUAUGAAUCAGAGCUGUUAGAAAUGAACGGGAAUAGUGAAAAGUUGCAGCGUUCUUAUAAUGAAUUUAUAGAAUAUAAGCUUGUUCUACAAAAGGCCAGUGAGAUUCUUCGUUCGGCUGACCGUAGUGUGACUGCCGAGCGCAUAGGAGUUGAGGCAGAGGUCCUCGGUGACAGAUCAAUUGAGAGCCCCUUGUUACUUGAGCAGAAGAUGUUAACUGACCCAUUAAAGCAUGUGAAGUUUGGUUUCGUUAGUGGGCUAGUUUCGAGGGAUAAAUCCCUGGCUUUUGAGAGAAUGCUGUUUCGCUCAACAAGGGGAAAUGUAUUUCAUAAGCAAGUAGUUGUGGAAGAGCCCGUGGUCGAUCCAGUUUCAGGAGACAAGGUUGAAAAAAGUGUGUUUGUCGUCUUUUAUUCUGGAGAAAGAGCCAAGAACAAAAUACUGAAGAUAUGCGAUGCAUUUGGAGCAAAUUGCUAUCCCUCCACAGAUGAUAUUGACAAACAGCAUCAACUGGUAACAGAGGUAUCAGGAAAACUCUUAGAACUAAAGACCACUAUAGAUAUGGGGAAGCUGCACCGGACCAAUCUGCUGCAGAGUGUUAGCUAUGAGUUUGAGCACUGGAACCUCCUGAGAGAAGCGGCAAAGCACGGAAUAUUGAUUUGUUUUAGGGAAUAUGUUACUGUCAUGUUACUAAAGUCUAUAUUUUUCAACUUGUUAAGGUCAAGCGAGAGAAAUCUAUUUAUCAUAUUUUCAAUAGGCUCAGCCAUGAUGUUACAAAAAAGUGCUUUGUUGGAGAAGGCUGGUGCCCUGUCUCUGUAUCAAAUCAGGCCGUCCGUUAUAAACGAACUUGAUACUGCAGAUUCAGAAUGUUCUAAAUCAAGCAACUAUGAUAGCAAUUCACAAGUCGGAGCUGUAUUCCAGGUGCUGCAGACCAAGGAUUCGCCUCCAACAUACUUCCGUACUAACAAAUUUACUUCAGCUUUUCAGGAAAUCGUUGAUGCGUAUGGGGUCGCCAAGUAUCAGGAAGCAAAUCCCACGGUUUUUACUAUUGUCACCUUCCCGUUCCUAUUUGCUGUCAUGUUCGGAGACUGGGGCCAUGGGAUCUGCCUGUUUCUUGCAGCAUUGUAUUUCAUAUUUAGGGAGGAGAAACUUUCCAGACAGAAGCUUGGUGACAUCAUGGAGAUGGCAUUUGGUGCUCGCUAUGUUGUGAUGAUGAUGGCUCUGUUCUCGAUAUAUGCUGGAGUUAUCUAUAAUGAAUUCUUCUCUGUUCCUUUUGAACUAUUUGGGCGCUCAGCCUACGACUGCCGUGAUGCAAGCUGCAACGAUGCUUACUCUGUGGGGUUAGUAAAAGUGCGUGGACACCUAUCCAUUCGGUGUAGACCCAAAAUGGCGUGGAACACGCAGCGAGUUGCCGUUCCUCAACUCUUUGAAGAUGAAGAUGUCCAUUCUUUUGGGUGUUGCUCAGAUGAAUCUUGGGAUGAUUCUGAGUUAUUGUAUCAAUUCGUACCUCAGAUGAUAUUUUUAAACAGCUUGUUUGGAUACCUUUCGCUGCUCAUAAUCGUCAAGUGGUGUACUGGUUCUCAAGCGGAUCUAUAUCAUGUGAUGAUAUACAUGUUUCUCAGCCCUAUGGAUGAUCUGGGAGACAAUCAGCUUUUCACGGGCCAGAAAUUCCUCCAGAUAUUGCUUCUUUUAGCCGCACUAGUUGCUGUACCAUGGAUGAUGUUUCCAAAGCCAUUUAUUCUGAAGAAACAACACGGGGAAAGGCAUCUCGGUCAAACCUAUGUACCUCUUGAGAGCAUUGAUGAUGGUACAUUUGAAUUGGAAGAACCAGUGAUUUCACAUGGGCACGAGGAAUUUGAGUUUGGUGAAGUCUUGGUGCAUCAAUUUAUACACACCAUAGAGUUUGUUCUUGGAUCAGUGUCUAACACAGCUUCUUACCUACGUCUUCUUGCGCAUUCCGAGUUAUCUAGUGUAUUCUACGAGAAGGUCCUACUUCUAACCUGGGGGUACAAUAAUGUGUUUAUUCUUAUUAUUGGCUUGUUCGUUUUCAUAUGUGCGACCAUUGGCGUGCUACUAGUGAUGGAGACUCUCAGUGCUUUCCUGCAUGCCUUGCGGCUGCAUUGGCUUGAAUUUCAGGGCAAGUUUUAUGAACGAGAUGGCUAUAAAUUUUCUCCCUUCUCUUUUGCAUCAUCCUUUGAGGAGGAUGAGGAGUGAAUGAAUGUGAUACCCAGCUAAAUGACGCGUGGUUGUCAAUUUACAUGAAAAAUUUUACACGAGGACAUGUCUUAACGAUAUAGUUUUACUUGCGUAAUUUUCUUUGAAAAAGUUGUACAUGUACACGAAACAAUAUAUCCCUAUGAGUUGCAUGAGACUCGAUGCUGAUUUUCAGCAGACGAUACUUUUCUUUAGUAGUAGUUUUCGCCCUUUACUUGUGGACUGUUAUAUAUGCUAUACUUCCAGUUGUACGAAACACUCAUUUAUUGUAGAGUUUAAGUUCGAGCAGUUGAUUGAUUAACUAAGACAAUUGUGUUCUGGGUUUUAGAUGGAAAGAUAUAUUGUUGAGGAACCAGACUCACUGAAGUUCGUCGGCCAAGUUUGACAGGAAUUCAAAUUCAUGAAGUCGAUGGAUCAAUGCUUAAUGAUGAACUAAUCAUCAAAUCCUCUUGUAUAUUAAUACAAAACGUGUUGUAUAUUAAUAUAAAAUUUGCUGAGUCUAAAUGGCAAGCUCUUACGCUUUACAUGAGUGAAAAAUUAUGCUUUGGCUUGAUCUAUUCACAUGUUACUCAUUAUUAUUUUCCAUAUUUAGGCUUGGAAUUUCC